CAAGCAGGAGGGCUCCUACUACGUCCCUGCUGAGUCCAAGCUGGUCUUCGUUGUCCGCGUUAAGGGGUAUGUUUGCUCAGCAGUCGAGCACCAGUUAAUCAGCUCACUAACUUGCAUAUUCUAGUAUCAACAAGAUUGCCCCCAAGCCCCGCAAGAUUCUUCAGCUCCUCCGCCUUCUCCAGAUCAACAACGGUGUCUUCGUCCGUCUUACCAAGGCUACUCUUGAGAUGUUGAAGGUCGUUGAGCCCUGGAUCGCCUACGGUUACCCCAACCUUAAGUCCGUCCGCGAACUCGUCUACAAGCGCGGCUACGGUAAGGUCAACCGUCAGCGCAUUGCCCUCACCGACAACUCCAUCAUUGAGGAGAACCUCGGCAAAUACGGCAUUGUCUGCGUUGAGGACUUGAUCCACGAGAUCUUCACCGUUGGCCCCAACUUCAAGCAGGCCAGCAACUUCUUGUGGCCCUUCAAGCUCAGCAACCCCACUGGUGGUUUCCGUACCCGCAAGUUCAAGCACUACAUUGAGGGCGGUGACCUUGGUAACCGGGAGGACAAGAUCAACAACCUCAUCAGACAGAUGAACUAAGCGACCAAUUUUGGACUGUAUUAAACAGGGCGUCGCUUUUAGGUUGUUCGGAAAAGUUAACGGGAGCUGGAAGCACUGGGUUUACUAUGUCAAGUACUCAUGAAUUGAAUUUGCAUGGCCCAGGGCCUGGUCUUAA